UGCAGAUCACUGCAGCCAUCUACUGGUCCUUUCGGUCAAUUACGUGUAAAUAUAAUCAAAUUAAUUUCUUUAGUUAACGUGCUGAUGUUAUAUUUCUUGUAUUUUAGCAUAUUGUAUUUUCUAGAAGAAUUUUAUUCAGAACCCCCCCCCAAAAAACCGUGCCACUUUGUAUGUUUGUUCGUUGAUGGCGUUGUCACGUGGUUACUUUUCUCAAAGCCUCUCAGAAUCGACCAAUCACAUUUUGCUUUAUGGCGCUUGAUUUAAAAAAAACCCACCAAUAAUUCUUAAAAAUUAUAUAUUGGGAUAUAAAUGUCUAAGUUAUUCCAAUAAAAUAAAAUAAAAUAAAAAUAAAGCGUGCUGAGGUUGACAGAGAUUCACGAGCGCCUUUCUUCCGUCGAUUAACGUUAAUCCUGAGGGGAAAAUGGCGGGCAGAGCUGUGUUUUCGCUGCCCAGCAGGGAACAGGUGAACCCCAGGUUCGGACAGGUGUCUUUAGACAUUUUAACCGACAUUCUGUCCAACCUCAACAAGAGAAACAAGCUUCACCUGCAGAGUGUGUCAGAUCUGUGCGGAUGCCUCAAGGACAGCAGGCUAGUGGAGCGUGUGUUUCAUCUGUGUGAGGAGCUGCGACUGAACCCUGCGGUCGGAUACCAGGCCAUCGAGAUACUGGAGAGGUUUAUGGCCAAGUUUACUGAAGAUCUAAUCCGCAGCCAGAAAGGUCAAGGAGCUUCGUCUGAGGAGCUCAUCUUCCAAACGCUCAAGAAGAAGUUCUUUCUCUCCGUCCUCUCGAGCGUCCAGAUAGCCAGCAAGCUGGACCUGUACUCCCAUGUUGUGAACAAUGAGAUUGCGGUGAGAUUUCUGCAGGCUGCCGGUUACUCUUCCACCAAAGAGCAGCUCUUGGUCGAGAUUCUCAUUUUAAAAACGCUCAACUUUAACGUGAACGUCCCGAAUCCUUUAACAUACGUGGAGACCCUUUUGGAGGUGCUGGGCCGUAAUGAAGCGCGGGUUCCUGUGUGUGAGCUGCAUCAGCUGUGUGUGUGUGUGCUGCGGCUCGUUUACCUGCAGAGGGAGACGAUCUACCACUCUCUGCUCGUAUCUGCCACCGGAUGCUCCCGUCCUUCCCAUGAGCAACGAGCUAAGUUUGUGUCUGUGACCGAGGACUUCAUGCUUCUGGGAGUUGGAGUCAUUUCUGUGGCCGCCUUCAUUCAUCACAUCUCAACAUGGGAGAAGGUCGUGGAGGAGCUGACGGGAAUAACAGGCAUUUCAGGCCAGAGCAUCAUGGAGUUUGCAUAUGUCACCCUGAUGCACAUCACCAAGACCAGAUCCGUCUGAUGCUUUCACGUCAGAAAUAUGAUGAACAGAAUAGAGCUGGAGUACCGAUAGAAGACGACUCCUAUAAGAAAUCAUCACCUUUUUUAUUUAGAUUUCUCUCCAAAUUCUGUUGUGAAAGUACAAUGUAAAGAUAAAACAUUAAAAUGAAAGAGGGACUUGCCAUUCACGUUUCAUUAUGCGAUGAUUUCUAACCUGUUCACUGUCGGUUCCACUUUUUGACCUGAAAAUGACAUUUCCAACUUAAAGAAGAUUAUUGUAGAAGUGAGCAAUAUUAUAAAGAUUUAGGUUUAAGUUUAUGAAAAUAUAAAAUGUAAAUAUUUUAAUAUUUAUAUUUUACAUAAAAUAUAUAUUGUACAAAACACGUUUUACUCUAAAACUGGUAGAAUAUCAAAACAAAAUUUAAAAAAGUUAUUUUCCAAAUUUGAGGUCGAUAUCUCAAAAAAUGAGCUUUCAGUGAGAUUUUGUUUGGGCGUAGUACCAAGCUUUUUGACCAUCAAACCCCAUUAGUAACCAUAUAAGGGUGUCUUCAUUUCCAUAUAUGAGUUUGAGUGAUCUGAAACAUGUUUUUCCACACUUUUCUCAAUAUUAGUUGUAGAAGUAGACAUCGCUACUAAGGGCAGUAUUUGAUUUCAAUUCAACCUCAGAAAACACAUAAAAGACAUGCUACGAGAACCCUGGACUUGCGUUAUAGUUCA